AUGUUUGAUCACCAUGAUCCAGCACGUCGUGCAAUCAUCAACACUGUAUCCUCUUCAAUCCUACGUCGUGAUACCGACAACUUGCUUAUUCUUUUCGAUUUUAACGAUUCAUUAGUAGACACAAACUCAGAUGUGUUUCUUUUUAAAGAACUUCAUCCUGAAUUGUGCCAAUCAAUUGCCGAACGAUAUGCUCAAAAGCCCAUUUGGCCUAAAGUAGUCGACGAAAUGCUUCAAAUUCUAAUGAACGAGAAGCCACAUGUCACGCUAGAGCUUAUUCGUGAUACAAUUGCAGCAAUUCCUGUUCAAGCACAAAUGAUGGCUGCAAUUCGUAUGGUAGUUGAGAGAUUUCAUGCAGACGUGAAGAUUAUCAGUGAUGGAAACACCUUUUAUAUCAACAGUUUUCUGGCAUUUCAAGAGCUUCAAAAGCAUGUGAUUGAAGUUUUUGCCAACCCAUUUGAGCUCGAAAACAGGGAUAAUACAAGCUCAAGACUUCGCAUUCGUCCGUACCAUUCCGAUCAUUUACAGCCUCACGAAUGCUCAUGGUGUCCAGCAAAUAUGUGCAAAGGCAGCAUCGUAGACGAAAUUCGACGCCAGAAAUCAUAUUCUCGCAUUGUUUACGUUGGGGAUGGCACUGGAGACUUUUGCCCCGCAUCUCGCUUAUUUGAAAACGAUAUUGUACUUGCACGCUCCCGUCUUGUUGGAGAGCCUUAUGGAUUGCAACGACGAAUAGACGAGAAUCCUGGCGUUCUCCACGCCAAUGUUGUAUCUUGGAGCACUGGGAACGAUAUCUACCGCUACUUGAUACAGUUUUGCCAGCGUCCAUAUGAACAAAUUCAACUCAAUCCUCGUACCUCAAGCAAAGUAUUAGUUAUUUUCGACUAUGACUGGUCUUUGAUCAACGAAAAUUCAGACACUUAUAUCUUUCAAAAACUCCACCCCGAUCUUCUUGCCACAUUGCACGAUCGACGCAAGAUAGAACAAUCGUGGACUCAGAUUAUGGACGAUAUGCUGAGACAAUUAGCAAUAGAUAAGCCAGAGAUCUCCCCCGAUAUGAUUCGAGCGACAGUAAGUCGUGUCCCAAUCCAAUCACAAAUGCUUGACGCGCUUCGUCUCGCUGCAGAGCAUUAUCAUGCUCAUGUUAAGAUUGUCAGCGAUGCAAAUUCGGUUUAUAUUGAGAGCAUGCUAACUCAUCAUCAUCUAGAGCAAAGUCCUUCAACCUCAUGGAUUUAUCCAUAUACGACGGUGUUGUAUGUCGGUGAUGGAUCGGGCGACUUUUGUGCUGCAACACGUUUAACAAAAAAUGAUGUUGUGUUUGCACGAGAGAAUGAAGCAAAUGGACAUUCAUUUGGAUUAAUAGACCGGAUCGAUCAAUAUCCGACUAUGGUCAAGGCGGCAGUUGUUCCGUGGAGCACGGGCGAGGACAUUUAUCGUCACUUUGCGCGGUAUUUGCUAGGAGAGCCUUUGUACAAAAUGAUUGACGCUCAUGAAAAUAAAGCUCGCAUCUAUCUAUUCAAUGAACAUGUAAUUGAUAUUGAGAAAGCUUGA